AUUUCUCACCCAAAACCUAAACGGCGUCUUGGUAAACGCCGCUUCAUCUUCUUCAUCUCCUCCUCCUCCUUCGUUUCAAAACCCUAACCCUAAUCCCCCGAAAAUGAGAGAGUGCAUUUCGAUCCACAUCGGCCAGGCCGGAAUCCAGGUCGGAAACGCCUGCUGGGAGCUUUACUGUCUCGAGCAUGGGAUCCAGCCGGACGGCCAGAUGCCGAGCGACAAGACCGUCGGCCGCGGCGACGACGCCUUCAACACCUUCUUCUCCGAGACCGGCGCCGGCAAGCACGUCCCGCGCGCCAUCUUCGUCGACCUCGAGCCCACCGUCAUCGACGAGGUCCGCACCGGAACCUACCGCCAGCUCUUCCACCCCGAGCAGCUCAUCUCCGGCAAGGAGGACGCCGCCAACAACUUCGCUCGCGGCCACUACACCAUCGGGAAAGAGAUCGUCGAUCUCUGCCUGGAUCGGAUCCGGAAGCUCGCUGAUAACUGCACCGGGCUCCAGGGAUUCCUGGUUUUCAAUGCCGUUGGUGGCGGUACUGGGUCGGGUCUCGGGUCGCUUCUGCUGGAGAGGCUUUCUGUGGACUAUGGGAAAAAGUCCAAGCUCGGAUUCACUGUUUAUCCUUCUCCUCAGGUUUCCACAUCUGUUGUGGAGCCAUAUAACAGUGUGCUCUCCACUCAUUCGCUGCUUGAGCACACCGAUGUGUCUGUUUUGCUCGAUAAUGAGGCCAUUUACGACAUCUGCCGCCGAUCCCUGGACAUUGAGCGUCCCACCUACACCAAUCUCAAUCGCCUCGUCUCUCAGGUGAUUUCAUCAUUGACAGCCUCCCUGAGGUUUGAUGGGGCUCUGAAUGUGGAUGUGACUGAGUUCCAGACCAACUUGGUUCCAUACCCCAGGAUCCAUUUCAUGCUCUCCUCCUAUGCUCCUGUGAUCUCUGCAGAGAAAGCAUACCACGAACAGCUCUCAGUGGCUGAGAUCACCAACAGUGCUUUUGAGCCAGCUUCCAUGAUGGCCAAGUGUGAUCCUCGCCAUGGCAAGUACAUGGCCUGCUGUUUGAUGUACCGAGGAGAUGUGGUGCCUAAGGAUGUGAAUGCGGCUGUGGCCACCAUCAAGACCAAGCGUACCAUUCAGUUUGUGGACUGGUGCCCUACUGGGUUCAAGUGUGGUAUCAACUACCAGCCACCCACUGUUGUUCCUGGCGGUGACCUUGCUAAGGUGCAGAGGGCUGUGUGCAUGAUCUCCAACUCCACCAGUGUGGCUGAGGUGUUCUCCCGCAUUGAUCACAAGUUUGAUCUGAUGUACGCCAAGCGUGCUUUUGUGCAUUGGUAUGUGGGUGAGGGCAUGGAGGAAGGAGAGUUCUCUGAGGCUCGUGAGGAUCUCGCUGCUCUGGAGAAGGAUUAUGAGGAGGUUGGUGCCGAGUCUGCUGAGGGAGAUGAUGGUGAUGAAGGAGAUGAGUACUGAUUCUGUUGCAAUAUGUUGGUCUAUGGUGAUAAAACUUCAUGCUUUAUGUGCCUUUCUAUUUCACUGUUAUGUUUUGUAAUGGAUGCUUAAUGCUGGAUAAUUGUUGUGUGCGUGUGGUGUAUGUGCUCUAUGCAUCUUACCAUUGUAGCACAAGCACUUCUAUCUUAGUAUAUGUUAAAAUUUCUAUUGCUUCUGCAAAAUAUCCAAUCUAUCAUAUUAUGUGUUUAAUGA